AUGGAUAAUAAUUCAUCAAACUUUGAUGAAAACUCUUCUAUGGAUCAAAAUGAUCAUUCAAUCAAUGGAACUGUUGAAUAUUCUCCGUUCAGUGGCGAUUCUUUCGCGUAUUACCGGACUAAUUCCGAGGUAUCGAAUUUAUCUGAGACUAUUGAUGAUAAUAGCUUUGGUAGUGAACCAUUGCCUUCACCAUGGAUGAAUGUGAAACAUGGAGCUAGUCCAGCUGUUCUUUCAAGGUUAGGAAUGAAGCAGAGAAAGCUUUCAUUGGAUGAUGAUAAGUCUGAUGAUCUUGAUCUCCUGGAGUCAGAGCUUGAAAUGAUGAAGGAAAGAUUUGCUAAGCUUCUUUUGGGGGAAGAUAUGUCUGGUGGUGGUAAAGGUGUUUGCACUGCAGUUACAAUAUCAAAUUCAAUUACCAAUCUCUAUGCAACUGUAUUUGGACAAAAUUUGAAGUUGGAGCCUCUAAAGCCUGAGAAAAAAGCUAUGUGGAAAAGAGAAAUGAAUUGUCUAAUGUCUGUGUGUGAUUAUAUAGUAGAAUUUGCACCAACUGCACAAUACUUGGAUGAUGGUACAAUUGUGGAGAUGAUGACAAGUAGACCAAGGUCAGAUAUUUAUAUCAACCUUCCAGCUCUUCAGAAGCUUGACACAAUGCUCAUAGAAAUAUUUGAUAGUUUCCAAGAUACUGAAUUUUGGUAUGCAGAACAAGGGAGCAUAUCAGGAAACUCAAAUAGUUCGCGUUCGAAUGCAGGCUCGUUUCGAAAGAUUGUUCAAAGAAAAGAUGAGAAAUGGUGGUUACCAGUUCCUUGUGUUCAUAAUGGUGGUCUAUCUGAUAAGUCAAGGAAGCAUUUGAUUGAGAAAAGAGAUUGUGCUAAUCAAAUUCAUAAAGCAGCUAUGGCAAUAAAUAGUAGUGUUCUUUCUGAGAUGGAUAUUCCAGAAACAUACAUGGCAACUCUUCCUAAGAGUGGAAGAUCAAGUCUAGGAGACACAAUUUACCGCUAUAUGCAUUCUGCAGACAAGUUUUCACCUGGCUACCUUCUUGAUUGUCUCAAAAUAAGCAGUGAACAUGAAGCACUUGAAUUAGCAGAUAGAGUUGAAUCUUCAAUGUACACAUGGAGACGUAAAUCUUGUAUAAGCCAUUCAAAAUCAUCAUGGAAUAAAGUAAAGGAGUUCAUGGUUGACACUGACCAUAGUGACAAAAACUUUGUCUUAGCUGAGAGAGCUGAGACUAUGUUGUUUUUCUUGAAACAAAGAUAUCCUGAACUUUCACAAACCUCCUUGGAUACAUGCAAGAUUCAAUACAAUCAAGAUGUAGGGAAAGCAAUACUUGAAAGCUACUCAAGAGUAUUAGAAGGCUUAGCAUUCAACAUUGUUGCUUGGAUUGAAGAUGUUAUUUGUGCAGAUAAAUCUAUGAGAAAUCAAAAUGUAUAACAACAUUUUGUAAGCCAUAGCUUUAGGAUAACAUAGGUAGGUAACAGAUGACUACAAUCAAAGUAUUAUUACAUAAGAAAGUUUGCACUUUCACUUGAAGCAAAUUUUUUAUGAUUAUGUUUCAAAAUAAAAAAAUAAUUAAGUAUUGUGAGUGUAAUUGUGUGAUAUUGAGUUUACCUAAUUUUCUAUUAGAACA